AUGCGUUUCUCCCAGGUUCUCUCGUCUGCCACUCUAGCUGGCGCUGCUUUGGCCAACCCCAUGGGCCACGAGCACGUCCCUCAUAAGAGAGACGUAGCUUACGUGACCAACGUCCAGACUACCACCGUGUACGGUACCGCUCCUCAGCAAAUUGGCGGCCAGUCCACGACUCUGGCUCUUGACGCCUCCAACUCGGUGGCCCAACAAGCUGCUACACAGACGUCUUCGCUAUCGGGGCUCUCCAGAGGCGUUGAGGCCGCUCCUAGCGAGGCUCCAUCCUCCACCGCCAGCGCUUCGUCCUCUGUUGGCACCUCCUCUUCUUCCGCGUCGUCCUCUGUUGGCACCUCCUCUUCCGCUUCUACCAGCAGCUCCUCAUCCUCUUCUGCUCCUUCCAGCAGCUCUUCCUCUUCUGUCGGUUCCAGCGGUGCCAAAGGUAUCACCUACUCUCCUUACAGCAACUCUGGUGCUUGUAAGAGCUCUUCGGACAUCGCUUCCGACUUGGCCCAACUUUCAGGUUACGAUAUCAUCAGACUUUACGGUGUGGACUGCGACCAAGUGUCCGCCGUUUUGCAAGCUAAGAGCUCCAACCAAAAAGUGUUUUUGGGUAUCUACUACGUCGACGCUAUUCAGGAUGGUGUCGACACCAUCAAGAGCGCCAUUGAAGCUCAUGGCUCUUGGGACGAUGUCCAUGCAAUCUCCAUUGGUAACGAAUUGGUCAACUCUGGUUCUGCCUCUGUUUCUCAAGUAGGUUCUUACGUCUCCGAAGGUAGAUCCGCUUUAAAGUCUGCUGGUUACACCGGCUCUGUUGUUUCUGUGGAUACUUUCAUUGCUGUCAUUAACAACCCUGGUUUGUGCGACCACUCUGACUUCAUGGCUGUCAACGCCCACGCUUACUUUGACUACAAUACCGCCGCUGAAGACGCCGGUAGCUGGUUGGUCGAGCAAAUCCAAAGAGUCUGGGGUGCUUGCCAAGGUAACAAGGAAGUGUUGAUCACUGAGUCCGGAUGGCCUUCCAAGGGUGAAACUUUGGGUAAAGCGGUAGCGUCCAAGAGCAAUCAAGAAAGUGCCAUUAGCUCUAUUGAGUCUUCUUGCGGUUCUGAUGUUAUUUUGUUCACUGCUUUUAACGACUACUGGAAGGCCGAUGGUGCUUACGGUUGCGAAAAAUACUGGGGUAUUCAAUCUAGCUAA